GAAUGAGUGUAAUAUGACCAUAUAUGAAGAAAGCGUAAUCAAAUAACGUGCGAGGGGUACCGAAUGGAGAAACAAGAAAAAAACAUCGUUGGAAUAAUCUCCCCUUUUGAUUGCACACGAGCUUUCAAACGGUUGAGAUCCGGUGCCCAAGACAGGAGAAAAGUGAACCGUAUUGCUGGGGACUCCAAUGCUCAUCGGAUUAAGGAUAUUCUUCCUGAUGAUAUAGCUGUCAAAUGCCUGCCAAUCUCUGAUGAGAAUAUGUAAUGACAAUGGUAUAGAACAGUAAUUACAGUUUCAGGUUUGUUUCUAUUAAUGGUAUCACAUGUACACAUUUUUCUAAACGUUAAAACGAAAUGAUUAAUGAAAUAAACAAAAGGUUACCGUUUAAACGAUAUCCAAAUGUCAGUUAUAAAAGCGUCAUUGACAUCGCAUUUCCAAACUGAAAGUAAUGAUUAUUUCCAGAAGUUAUAUUCAGAUCAUAACCCAUUUGGGCAAUGACGUCAUAUUAAAACCAACUGUUCUUGCCGUUGUUGAGUCAUUGGGUACACAUUUUCUACUUACAUGCCGUAGUAUUUUAUAACAAAGACAAAUAAAUAUUGAUCCCACAUUUCUUCAAUAAGACUACACCUGUGUAAAUUUUUUAUUGUUUUCUACCUAACAAGAUGUACAUAAAAACGAGUAUCUGUUUAUUAAAUUAAAAAUGAAUGCGGAUGAAUAAAUGUCAGAAAAAAUUUCCUCAUGCACGUUGUGCUGACGCGCGUCAAAUGUUCAAGACAAUUCGGGGAAUGAUCAUGCAACAAAUAGCUGGAAAAUUUUCCCGAGCACUUUGUGCCGACGUGUGUCAAAUAUUCAAGCCGUCUAGGUCGUACAUGGUGUUUUGUUAUGUUUACGCUGUUGUGAAUAAGGGCCAUCUGGCACACAUGAUACAAAUGUAUACCAGUCUUUUUUUAACAGCUUUUAAUAAGUUUUGCAACAUUGUAACGUAAUGAACUAAAAUGGAUUAUGUUGAUAUCAACAGUCGUUUAAAUGUUUACUGUUUUUGUAAACAUUUUUGAGAAAACACGAAAUGCCACCAUUUAAACGUGAUACUCAUAGUUUCUAUAAAUGAUGUAAUUAUUUCAUUUCUUUAUACUUAAACAGUUCAAAUGUCAAGUCCUAAGCUUCGUAUGAUUACAGUAUUUGUCAUCAAUAUAAAGUUAAACUUAUUAUGCUGAGGUGCAAUUAUUGGCAUCAUUGCGUUUUCUAACUAAUUUGCAUGGUUAUAUAUUUUAUUUAAGCGUGUGGAAUAUUUUACAGAUUGUAGGGAAUUGUAAUUGCAAACUUUUCAUUUUAAUCUUGAGGCAAAGCAUGAAUUUUCCUUGUGUAUUCAUUCAUGUAUAUUUGUGAUUUAUUUACACAGACAUUCGCCAACUCUGUUUUCAAAGGUGCCAAAUUUUCUUGUGAUCGUUUUCGCCAUGCAUUGUUGAGAGACUUGCGGAAGAUGGAUGUUCAACAGCUGUAUCUUCAUCUAGGUUCAAAUGACAUUCUUACGAAUGAAGCGGUGUUUUACCGAGAUGUAGCUGACUUGUGCGAUUUGGUGCAUCAGGUCAUUCCAGACACUGAGGAGGCGCACAAUCGGUGUCCAGAAUGCAGGGUUAUUUGCUCCAACGAAGACGCUUUGCUGAGCCACUUCUGCAGUCGCCACAUCAAGCAACUAGAGACUGGAAAAGAGAGUAAAAUUAAGCUGAUAGGCUCACCAAUGAUUGCAUCUGCUAAUAAUGAACUCAACGAAGUCAGCUCAAGGAAGUGGAAGGCAUGCUUGGAAAAUAGAAGUUUCCAUUAUGAAGGAACAUACAAACAUUUCCCACCCACCAUGUGGAUCAAGAUGUUUGGGCUGAUGAUUCUGGGUCGUAUGUGUGGACAAGGUGGUCUUCAUUACAUCAUGAUACAGCUGUGUAUUCAACAACAUGUUAACCUGUCCCAGCGGAUGUUGAUGCUCUUAAAUGAUGUUGAGAAAAAUCCAGGACCGAUUAGUUAUUAACAGAAGAACAGAACAGUAACAUACUUUUAUUACAUUAACAGAGGCUCUGAUUAGAUGUGUAUCUGCGUAAAGAACUCAUAGAAAAUAUCAAUAUAUAGAUAAAUAAAACAAAAAUAGAGUUAAACAAAUCAUGGUGAAAUCCACAAUACACACCAAGAGCUAUUAGUAGGCUUAUCUCCAUUGACUUAUUUCACAGUAAAUCUCUUUUUUUUGCCUUUUCAUUAACAUUUCAAUCAAAAAUAACAUUUGUGAAAAACUUAGUCAAUGAUUAUAACUAAAGUUAAAAAUGUGGACACUGUAAGUUAAUUGACUUUGGCUUCCAAUCUGCAGUUUACAAAGUUGCUUGUUAUAGGAGUAUUCGUGCAAAUGGAUAUCCUGCAAGGAAGACUUCCACUCCAUAGGACAGCAAGAUGCACAUAUCAUCUCUCAUGUGGUUCAAGAGAAAUGCUGUAGAUGGGGAGACUGUACCAAAGUCCUGAGCUUUAAUAGUCUAGAAAUCCAUGAACUUAAACAUCUCUAUGAUGUGAGUUUAGCACUGUGUAUGAACUGGUGUUGCUUCAUUUUCUGCAUAUCUUUAUCUCAGUCUUCUCUAGUUUUGAUGGUCAAAUACAUAUUGUCUGCCAGUUUUUUUCCCCCAAUACUGCCGUUCAUCGUUUGCUUGCAUCAAGAGUUUUAAAAGAAAUUAAAACUCAUUUGUUUAGUUAGAAUCUUAUGAAAGACUUAAAUGGCCAUGUUUAAUACAAUUGUAUAACAACAUAUACGAGCUAAAAAAAUAGUUGGAAUACCCGGUAUACAACUCGCUAGUAUGGUACUGGCUUGAUACGGCAUUACUUAUAUAAAGGCAUGGGGUAUUAGGAUAUACCCGGUAUAUGACUCGCUAGUAUAGUCCUGGGUUGGUACGGCAUUACUUACAUACGAGCAUGGGGUAGUAGUAUAUACCCGCUAUGGCUCGCUAGUAUAGUACUGGCUUGAUACGGCAUUACUUUUAUACGAGCAUGGGGUAGUAGGAUAUACCCGGUAUAUGACUCGUUAGUAUAGUACUGGCUUGAUACGGCAUUACUUAUAUACGAGCAUGGGGUAGUAGGGUAUACCCGGUAUAUGACUCGCUAGUUUAGUACUGGCUUGAAACGGCAUUACUUAUAUACGACCAUGGGGUAGUAGUAUAUACCCGCUAUGACUCGCUAGUAUAGUACUGGCUUGAUACGGCAUUACUUAUACCGGGUAUACGAGCAUGGGGUAGUAGGAUAUUUCCGGUAUAUGACUCGCUAGUAAAGUACUGGCUUGAUACGGCAUUACUUAUAUACGAGUAUGGGGUAUUAGGAUAUACCCGUUAUAUAACUCGCUAGUAUAGUACCGGCUUGAUACGGCAUUACUUUUAUACCAGCAUGGGGUAGAAGGUAAUACCCGGUAUAUAACUCGCUAGUAUAGUACUGGCUUGAAACGACAUUACUUAUAUACGAGCAUGGGGUAGUAGGAUAUACCCGCUAUAUAACUCGCUAGUUUAGUACCGGCUUGAUACGGCAUUACUUAUAUAAAGGCAUGGGGUAGUAGGAUAUACCCGGUAUAUGACUCGCAGGUAUAGUACUGGCUUGAUACGGCAUUACUUAUAUACGAGCAAGGGGUAGUAGGAUAUACCCGCUAUGACUCGCUAGUAUAGUACUGGCUUGAUACGGCAUUACUAAUAUACGAGCAUGGGGUAGUAGGAUAUAUCCGGUAUAUGACUCGCUAGUUUAGUACCGGCUUGAUACGGCAUUACUUAUAUAAAGGCAUGGGGUAGUAGGAUAUACCCGGUAUAUGACUCGCUAGUAUAGUACUGGCUUGAUACGGCAUUACUUAUAUACGAGCAUGGGGUAGUAGGAUAUACCCGCUAUAUAACUCGCUAGUAUAGUACUGGCUUGAUACGGCAUUACUAAUAUACGAGCAUGGGGUAGAAGGAUAUAUCCGGUAUAUGACUCGCUAGUAUAGUACUGGCUUGAUACGGCAUUACUAAUAUAAAGACAUGGGGUAGUAGGAUAUACCCGGUAUAUGACUCGCUAGUAUAGUACUGGCUUGAUACGGCAUUACUUAUAUACGAGCAUGGGGUAGUAGGAUAUACCCGCUAUAUAACUCGCUAGUAUAGUACUGGCUUGAUACGGCAUUACUAAUAUACGAGCAUGGGGUAGUAGGAUAUAUCCGGUAUAUGACUCGCUAGUAUAGUACUGGCUUGAUACGGCAUUACUAAUAUAAAGGCAUGGGGUAGUAGGAUAUACCCGGUAUAUGACUCGCUAGUAUAGUACUGGCUUGAUACGGCAUUACUUAUAUACGAGCAUGGGGUAGUAGGAUAUACCCGCUAUAUAACUCGCUAGUAUAGUACUGGCUUGAUACGGCAUUACUUAUAUACGAGCAUGGGGUAGUAGGAUAUAUCCGGUAUAUGACUCGCUAGUAUAGUACUGGCUUGAUACGGCAUUACUUAUAUACGAGCAUGGGGUAGUAGGAUAUAUCCGGUAUAUGACUCGCUAGUAUAGUACUGGCUUGAUACGGCAUUACUUUUAUACGAGCAUGGGGUAGUAGGAUAUAUCCGGUAUAUGACUCGCUAGUAUAGUACUGGCUUGAUACGGCAUUACUUAUAUACGAGCAUAGGGUAGUAGGGUAUACCCGGUAUAUGACUCGCUAUUAUAGUACUUGCUUGAUACGGCAUUACUUAUAUACGACCAUGGGGUAGUAGGAUAUACCCGGUAUAUAACUCGCUAAUGUAGUACUGGCUUGAUACGGCAUUACUUAUACGAGCAUGGGGUAGUUGGAUAUACCCGGUAUAAGACUCGUUUACCAGCAUGGGGUAGUAGGAUAUACCCGGUACAUAACUCGCUAGUAUAGUACUGGCUUGAUACGGCAUUACUUAUAUACCAGCAUGGGGUAGUAGGAUAUACCCGGUACAUAACUCGCUAGUAUAGUACUGGCUUGAUACAGUAUUACUUAUAUACCAGCAUGGGGUAGUAGGAUAUACCCGCUAUAUUACUCGCUAGUAUAGUACUGGCUUGAUACGGCAUUACUUAUAUACGAACAUGGGGUAGUAGGGUAUACCCGGUAUAUGACUCGCUAGUAUAGUACUGGCUUGGUACGGCAUUACUUAUAUAUAAGCAUGGGGUAGUAGUAUAUACCCGCUAUGACUCGCUAGUAUAGUACCGGCUUGAUACGGCAUUACUAAUGUACGAGCAUGGGGUAGUAGGAUAUAUCCGGUAUAUGACUCGCUAGUAUAGUACUGGCUUGAUACGGCAUUACUUAUAUACGAGCAUGGGGUAGGAGGAUAUACCCGCUAUAUAACUCGCUAGUAUAGUACUGGCUUGAUACGGCAUUACUUAUAUACGAGCAUGGGUAGUAGGAUAUAUCCGAUACAUGACUCGCUAGUAUAGUACUGGCUUGAUACGGCAUUACUUAUAUACGAGCAUGGGGUAGUAGUAUAUACAAUGGCUGUUUGUAAAACAUGCAUGCCCCCCAUAUGGGCUGUCAGUUGUAGAGGCAGCCAUUGUGUGAAUACGUUUUUGUCACUGUGACCGUUGACCUAGUGACCUGAAAAUCAAUAGGGGUCAUCUGCCAGUCAUGAUCAAUGUUCCUAUGAAGUUUCAUGAUCCUUAGUUUCAUGAUCCUAGGCCUAAGCAUUCUUGAGUUACCUUCCUGAAACCAUUUUAUUAUUUGGAAUAACUGUUACCUUGACCUAGUAACCUGAAAAUCAAGAUGGGUCAUCUGCCAGUCAUGAUCAAUGUACCAAUGAAGUUUCAUGAUCCUAGGCCUAAGCGUUCUCAAGUUAUCAUCCGGAAAUCAUCUGAUGGACGGACCGACCGACCGACAUGUGGAAAACAAUAUACCCCCUCUUCUUCGAAGGGGUGCAUAAUUAGAGAGUGGACACCAUGCUCAAAGUUUAAAACGCACUAAGUGACCCCUUGGCCUUGAUUUUGACCCGGCAUUACCCAUAUUCGAACUUGACCUAGACAUCAUAUAGAUACAACAUCUGACCAAGUUUGGUGAAGAUCGGGUAAAAACAACUUGAAUUAGAGAGCGGACACUUAAUACGGACCGACAGACAAGACAGGCAGACGGACCGACAAACUUCGUUUGUGGGGGUAUAAAAAUGUAUUAAUAAUGCUCCUGGUAUUUCAUUUCUGCGUAUUUUAGUCUUAUAUACAAUAUGUAAAGUUUCUAUUAAGUGCAUUAUUCCAAUUUACUAUUCAUGACACUAACUUCUACGUUAUAAACAAAUACUUUCAGAUCAUUUGCUGUUAUUUGUAACUGAACGAGCAAAGAAAAAAAUCUUACGUUUUGAAUAACUAAUAAAUCCUUCCAACAAUAA